CCGAGAACGGGGACGAGUGCGCGCUGCGCCGCGACCGGAAGUGGCCGGGCCGGGCCGGCACUGGUGCCCAGGAGACCAGAGCAUGAGGGUACCGGCGGGCGCGCUAUGGAGCGCGGCCGGGGCCGCCUGGCGGCGCGGCUUCUCCUUCGCGGGCCAGGACGUGGCGCGCUGGUUCCCGGGACACAUGGCCAAAGGUCUCAAAAAGAUGCAGAGAAGCCUGAAGCUGGUAGAUUGUAUCAUUGAAGUGCACGAUGCUCGGAUUCCAUUAUCUGGUCGCAAUCCUUUGUUCCAGGAAGCUCUUGGAAUUAAGCCUCACCUACUUGUACUUAACAAAAUGGACUUGGCAGACCUUAAAGAGAAGCAGAAAAUCGUGGGGCACCUGAACAAAGAAGGAGUGAAAAAUGUAAUUUUUACCAAUUGUUUAAAGGAUGAAAACAUAAAACAGAUUGUUCCAGUGGUUACUGAACUGAUCGAGGGUGGCUACCGCUAUCAUCGAGGAGAGAACCUGGAGUACUGCAUCAUGGUGAUUGGUGUGCCCAAUGUGGGCAAGUCCUCACUCAUCAACUCACUCAGGAGGCAGCACCUCAGAAAAGGAAAAGCCUCUCGAGUAGGUGGUCUGCCUGGGGUCACAAAAGCAGUUAUGUCCAAAAUUCAGGUGUGUGAGCAGCCUCUGAUGUUCCUGCUGGAUACUCCUGGCGUGCUUGCUCCACGGAUCCAGGAUGUGGAGACUGGGCUGAAGCUGGCCACCUGUGGAACUAUAUUGGACCAUUUGGUAGGAGAAGAUAUCAUUGCUGAUUAUCUUCUUUUCACACUUAAUAAGCAACAGCAGUUCCGGUAUGUGGAGCAUUAUGACCUGGGAGAGGCUUGUGAUGACAUAGGAAGUGUGCUGAAAAGGAUCGCUAUGAAGCUCAAGAAGAUCCACAAAGUGAAAGUGCUCACUGGGACUGGUGAUGUUAAUGUAAUUCAGCCUAACUAUUCUGCAGCAGCCUGUGACUUCAUUCGAAACUUCCGAAGUGGGGUGCUGGGUCAGGUGAUGUUUGACACUGCCAUCCUGGAAGAACCUCAGGCCAACAAUGAUUCUGACUCCUGAGGCUGAGCAGUGAACGUUCUUUGCUGCUUCUACUCCCUGUAUGGCCUCAGGCAAGUUACCUCACUUGUUGGGGCUCAGUUUCCUCAUUUGUAAAAUGAGGGAGUUGGAAUAGAGGUCCCUUCUAGCGCUAAUGGUGCAACUCUGAAACUCAAGUGCAAAAAAUAGCUACUGUCUUUGGAGGCAUCUGAGGACUUGGCCUUGAUUUUCAUCAUGGCUUGGCAGAAUAAUAAAGUAUUGUUUGUGAUUUCUCCCUAAAUCAGUGACAAGUACAUUUUCAGGGCUAGGGUCCAUGAAAUGGGAUAGUCAUUGAAUUGCUUUCAGAUACUAUGUGGGUUCCUUUAAUAACAGUUCCUACUGUGGGCAAUAAAGGAAUUAAAACCCCCCCAAUACUUCUUUGAUACAUUGUCAGCCAGCUGGGGGAAAGGGUCUUUUCUUUGAUUUAAUUGAAUUUCACUUGUGAAGAUUUUGAUCAUCAUCUGAAGCAGCCAUACUCCAAGCCAAGGAGUUGUCACUUUGUCAAAAGUAGACCUUUGCUUAGAGCAGUGAUCCCUACAUUUCUUGUUGUGAACCACCUUAGCACCACCUACAGCUUGGUUCCAUGUGGUAACUCCCUGCUUAGUUUGAAAUGGUCCUAGCUAUUUCAUUUAUUUAUUUAUUUUAUUGAGUUAUUUUUUUGCUGAGGCAGUUGGAGUUAAGAGACUUGCCCAGAGUC